AAAAUAGAUUAAAAGUGCCGAAGAAAAAGGAGAAAAUCAUCCCUGAGGAAAUGAGACUGACAAUAUCACUGAUGGUUGUUGUGGUAACAUUUGUGUUGUCUUGGUUACCGUUCUGUACUGCUACUUUAACAACAGUGUUUUCUGAGAUGACACUAAACCGAGCUGGCAGUAUGACAGUCUUAGUCCUAGGACUCGCCAACAGUGCCUAUAACCCGAUCAUAUAUGGUAUCAUGAAUAAACAGUACCAAGAAGGCUUCAAGAAAAUUUAUCGAAAAUGCUGGAAACGUCAAAACAUUACGAAAAACAAUGAGCUGAGUGUCAAUCCCUCAAGUUUGACAAAAGGUGACACCUGACUGAAUCUCUAGAUAUAUCAGUAAUCAUAAAUUGAUAUUCUAAUAUGAUACAUGAUGUCAC